CGUGCGUACGUACGUGUUUGCGUGUAGUCACAGUUCCCGCCAUCAGCGGGUUUAGGUGUGUUAGGGGAGAGAACGGCCUCGCUCUGAGGCCGGGGGAGCCCCUUCCUUCUGAGCUCCUCGGCUCCUCCCCCUCCGCGGGAACUCUGUGCUUCCGGCAGGCUUGUUCCGCGCUGGGACCCCCUGGCCCAGCAGAGUUGAUGACUCCUGGCGUGACCACUGGUAGAGCUGAAAAAUAUGAAUAGUUUCUUAAGAAAAGUACAUUGCUUUUGGCACAAGCAGAAUAAAGGUGAAUUAUUAUUGCGUGGAAUUUUUCAGUAAAAGUCACUGAAAAUUAACUAUAGGCUUUGAACUAGAGGACCCCAGACUAGUCGUCUCCUGCCUGCAGAAUCCAUCAGGUGAACAUAUAUUUUUGCUUUUUAAUUGGUUAAAAGCAAUUAUUUUUAAAGAAAAUGUCUCCUCCGAAGAUAUAUGGUCCUAUCAGAAUUCGAAGUAUGCAGACUGGGAUUACAAAGUGGAAAGAAGGAUCCUUUGAAAUUGUGGAAAAAGACAAUAAAGUCAGCCUAGUAGUUCACUAUAACACUGGAGGAAUUCCAAGGAUAUUUCAGCUAAGUCAUAACAUUAAAAAUGUGGUACUACGACCCAGUGGAACAAAACAGAGUCGCCUAAUGUUGACUUUACAAGAUAACAGCUUUUUGUCUAUUGACAAAGUACCAAGUAAGGAUGCAGAGGAAAUGAGGUUGUUUCUAGAUGCAGUCCAUCAAAACAGACUUAAUGCAGCUAUGAAACCUUCCCAAGGGUCUGGUAGUUUUGGAGCUAUUCUGGGAAGCAGGGCCUCUCAGAAGGAAACUAACAGACAGCUUUCUUACUCAGACAAUCAGGCCUCUUCAAAAAGAGGAAGUUUGGACCCUAAAGAUGAUAUUCCAUUUCGAAAAGUUCUUGGUAGUCCUGGUAGAGGAUCCAUUAAGACUGUAGCUGGAAGUGGAAUGGCUGUUACCCGGACGAUUCCUUCUUUGACGCUGACAUCAACACCUCUUAGACCAGGAUUAUUAGAAAACCGCACUGAAAAGAGGAAAAGAAUGUUAUCUGGCUCAGAGCUGACUGAAGAUUAUCCUAAGGAAAAUGAUUCAUCAUCGAACAACAAAGCUAUGACAGACCCCUCAAGAAAAUAUUUAACCAGCAGUAGAGAAAAGCAGCUGAGUUUGAAACAGGCAGAAGAAAAUCGAACAUCAGGGCUUUUACCUUUGCAGUCAUCCUCGUUUUAUGGGAGCAGAGCAGCAUCCAAGGACUACUCUUCUGGUGGCACUAACCUAGACAGGAGUAAUCUUUCAAGUCAGACUCCUUCUGCCAAAAGAAGCUUGGGGUUUCUUCCUCAGCCAGUUCCUCUGUCUGUUAAGAAGCUGAGGUGUAACCAGGAUUACACAGGCUGGAACAAACCUAGAGUGCCCCUUUCCUCUCAUCAGCAGCAGCUGCAGGGAUUCUCCAACUUGGGAAAUACAUGCUAUAUGAAUGCUAUCUUACAAUCUCUAUUUUCACUCCAGUCAUUUGCAAAUGAUUUGCUUAAACAAAGUAUCCCAUGGAAGAAAAUUCCACUCAAUGCACUUAUCAGACGUUUUGCCAGCCUGCUUAUUAAGAAAGAUAUUUCUAAUUCAGAGACCAAAAAAGAACUACUUAAGAAGGUUAAAAAUGCUAUUUCAGCUACUGCAGAGAGAUUCUCUGGCUAUGUGCAAAAUGAUGCUCAUGAAUUUUUAAGUCAGUGCUUAGAUCAGCUGAAGGAAGAUAUGGAAAAACUGAAUAAAACUUGGAAGACAGAGCCUGUCCUUGGAGAAGAAAAUUGCCCAGACACUUCAGCCACCAAAGUGUUCACUUGCCCUGUUAUUACGAACUUGGAGUUUGAGGUUCAGCACUCUAUUGUCUGUAAAGCAUGUGGAGAGACAAUUCCCAAAAGAGAACAGUUUAAUGAUCUCUCCAUUGAUCUUCCUCGAAGGAAAAAACCGCUCCCACCUCGUUCAAUUCAAGAUUCUCUUGAUCUUUUCUUUAGGGCAGAAGAACUUGAAUACUCCUGUGAAAAGUGUGGUGGAAAGUGUGCUCUUGUCAGGCACAAAUUUAACAGGCUGCCCAGGGUCCUCAUUCUUCAUUUGAAACGAUACAGCUUCAAUGUGGCUCUCUCACUUAACAACAAGAUAGGACAACAAGUCAUCAUUCCAAGAUACCUGACCCUGUCAUCUCACUGCACUGAAAAUACAAAACCACCUUUUACUCUUGGAUGGAGUGCACAUAUGGCAAUUUCUAGACCAUUGAAAGCCUCUCAAAUGGUGAAUUCCUGCAUCACCAGCCCUUCUACACCUUCAAAGAAAUUUACCUUCAAAACCAAGAGCUCCUUGACAUCAUGCCUUGAUUCUGACAGUGAGGAUGAAAUUAAACGGUCUGUGACCCUCAGCCAGAGACUCUGUGAUAUGUCAGGCAAUGAACAGCAGCAAGGAGAUGUGGAAAAAGAUUUGAAAUUGAGCAGAAUAGAACCUGGGAAGUCUGACUUGGAGAACUCAGGAUUUGACAAAAUGAGUGAGGAAGAGGUACUGGCAGCUGUGUUAGAGAUAAGUAGGAGAGAAUCUUCGCCAGUGCUCUGUCAUGAAGAUGACGAUAAGCCAACCAGCAGCCCGGACACUGGAUUUGCAGAAGAUGAUAUUCAAGAAAUGCCUGAAAAUCCAGAUGCUAUGGAGAUAGAGAAACUCAAAACACUCACAGAUCCUGCUGGUUUUACUGAGAUGACAAAAGACUGUGAUGAGAAUAAAGAAAACAAAACUCCAGAAGGCUCUCAGGGAGAGGUCGAUUGGCUCCAGCAGUAUGACAUGGAACGUGAAAGAGAAGAGCAGGAGCUUCAGCAAGCACUGGCUCAGAGCCUUCAAGAACAAGAGGCUUGGGAACAAAAAGAAGAUGAUGACAUCAAAAGGGCUACAGAGUUAAGUCUUCAAGAGUUUAACAACUCUUUUCUGGAUUCCCUGGGCUCAGAUGAGGACUCUGGAAAUGAGGAUGUUUUUGAUAUGGAGUACACAGAAGCUGAAGCCGAGGAGCUGAAAAGAAAUGCUGAGACAGGAACUCUUCCUCAUUCCUAUCGGCUCAUCAGUGUUGUCAGUCACAUUGGGAGUACCUCUUCCUCAGGUCAUUACAUUAGUGAUGUGUACGACAUUAAAAAACAGGCAUGGUUCACUUACAAUGACCUGGAGGUCUCUAAAAUCCAGGAGGCUGCCGUGCAGAGUGACCGGGACCGGAGCGGCUAUAUCUUCUUCUACAUGCACAAGGAGAUCUUUGAUGAGUUGCUGGAGACAGAAAAAAACUCUCAGGCACUUAGCAUGGAAGUGGGGAAAGCUACCCGUCAGGCCUUGUGAGGCGCGAACUCCUGGGCUGGCAGCAUGGACUGCGUUUCUCUCUCACUGCCACCCACUUCACCUUUCCUCUGCCCGAAGAGAAUUUGGAAUUCUACUUGAUGCAGGAGCAACAAAUAGCUCAGGGCCAAACAAAAGACAAAAUUCAGUCAUGUGCAACGCUCCAUGCUGUUUUAUGGAAACUUUGGUCUCAUCUAUAGCUGAUUAUCCUCUUUUUCUCCUACAAGAGUGAUGCUUUUUUUUUGUUUUGUUUUUUGUUGUUGUUGUUGUUUUUUGGUCUUAGUAAUACAUGCUGUAAAUAUAUAUGUGUACAUACCCACACAUACAUAUGGAAUGAAUGGAGCCUUAAUAGGAUGAGCCACCAGAAGCAGUUUGCCUGCCCACAGUGUGCUACAGCUGUUUGGAGGGGAGAUCAAAGUGUCUAAGCACAUUCAUCUGAGGAAGGUGUGAAGAUGCACAUAUCAUUUGGCUUUUAACUUUUGUUUUUUGAGUGGCUUCACUCAAGCCCAACCUUUUAUAUGUUUGUUAUGAGUAAAGUUCACUGGAAAGCCAGUUACACUAAUAACAGUUUAUUUUCCUUGCAAGAGGCAUUUCUGUAGCCUGCUUUGAGUUUUAUUUUUCUUUUGAUUUUAUGAUUCUCAUGCUGUUUACACGCAGUUUCCAAAACAAAUGGAUUGUUGGUGCUUUGGAAUGUUACAGUCCUACACUUGCUAUUUAUUAUGCACUUGGCAUUUUCUUUCAGAGAUGCCUCCACACAGUGUGUUCAUCAUACUCUUCUGUGUUGUAUUGGUGGUAAAGCUAGAAGCUUAGAUUUACUUCUGUAUCAUUUUUUUCUGUGGAAUAGGCAUGGCAUCCAACGGAUUAAAACCUCAAUUUGAAAAGUUCAAAGAUAGUAUCCCUUCAACCGGGACUCUUUGAUAGGGAUGCUUAGAGCAGGAAAGAGUGCUAGUCUUUUUGUCUCCCAGACAGCAAAAGGCAAGAGGCAUGCUACUUUUUACAGUGUAAACUCUGGACCACUAAAGCCAAAGUUAAACACUGUUGCAAGGAUGAAACUAAGCAGUGAUGAGAAUUAGGAUAGCUGCAGGAGAUUCCAGGAGCUAUCUAUCAAAGGUGCACAGUACAUCUCUUUUUAGGUGCUUUGAGUUGAGACCAAGUGGCAGUGAGUGGCAAGUUCUGCUUUAGUCACUUAGCAAGCAUAACCUACCCGGGUACGCAGCUAAUGAAACCAUAAAAAGAAUUAGCCUGAGUGAAUUCUCAGUUCAAGUGUCAGUAGGAUUAUGCAGACUUUAGCAAAAUGAAGCCUGCAUUUGUUUCCUUCCCUAUUUUUUCUUGCUUUUAUUGUUAAUGGGAGGGUUGCUGCAGGUUCUAAGUUAGGUAUGAAACCAUAUCAAAUUUUCAGGGACUGAUAAAACCCAUCACUGAAGAUGUAAUAUCUUUCCUGGAUGAUUAUAUUCAGAGAACUCCAGCCAGACUCUUAGAACCUAGGUUUUCCUACAUAAUCACCUCUUCUAAAGGUCUGAAUCGCCGAGGUAUGCCUCAGUGCAUGUGUUUGACUACUGAUAAACUCCGACUCCUACCAUCUACCAGCACAUUAUAAUAGUGAAUGUUCCAAAGGCACGGGUAGGGUAUACAGUAGUUUACUAUAAAGAAAAUUAUUUGUUUAUAAAACUAACUUUAAAUUGUGUUGUUUCACUUCUACCAGGAGCCUCAUUCUGUUUUGUUUUGCUUGAAAGUGACUGGUUAUCAAGUGGAGUGGUAAUCGGGUGAUUUAUUUACCAUGUUCUCUCCAGUGUCUGCACUGGAGAACUUUGAGCUGGUAAAAUGAUUAGGAGGUUUGAUGUGAGCUCUGCAUUAUGACAUGGAGGAAAAUAGAAAUAAUACCCUGAGCCUCUAUUUCCUCCAGGGCAGCCACAUUUGAGUUGCUCUCAUGGCUUAUAUGUGUGUUGGCUUAGAAGUACACUUGAUACAAAACCUGAAUUGGUUUGUCUUCAUGUCUUGGUCUGGACUUAUUAGUUGAAAAUAGGUUACUACUUACAAAUUUAGGACUUGAAUUUUACAUUCUGUCCAUACUAUGGUCUUGGUCUUGUCAGCCUUCCCCUGCUCCCUUCAUUCCUUUAAUUUGCCCAUUUGACUCCAAAUGGCUAUUUCACCUAGACUGUGUUGAUGGAAGUAUUGAGGUAUUGGUUGUCCUAGGCUGGCUGUGUAUAUUUUUAAAUUAUGAGUAAAUAAUAUAUUCCUUUUUUUUUUUUUUUUUUUUCUGAACACUGUGAUCGCAGAAUUGGGUUAUAAAGCAGUUGACAUGUUGGGCUAGGAAGGGACAAAUUAGAUAGCAACAGAGGGUGUCAGUUCCCUUCAGUUGGCAUAAUGACCUUCCUAUGUAAAAUGCCAAGUGUGUGGUAACGUUACUUUAAAGAAAUGAACUGGAAUUUUAUAGCAAUUAGUACCCUAUGCAAUCUUUUAAUCUUAGACAAAAAUUUUUGGAAGGCAAAAUAAACUAAAAGGUAAUUUUGUUUUUUCCCUCUGCAUUAUGCAGAGUUAAAGAGCUACAUGUGCUCUUUUAGUAGCCAAGACUAUCAUUUAGGCCUCUGGGGAGGCUGCACCUUUCUUUUGUAGGGAUGGUUGUGUAUACACACACUUAUAAGUUUUUUUCCAGCAGGAAGAACAAGUAAAUCCAUUAAUUCUGUUUAUAUUAUGAUUACAAAUUGUUUGCUUACCUCCUAUGGUCCGGCAUAACCUAGACAGCUCAGUAGCAGACAUAGCAAGUAUAGAUGUCUGUGCAUUUCAAGAUGCAGUAUUUACAAAUAGGCUAACUCUGGGUGCAAAUGUUAGACUAAGCAUUCUUUAAUCUUCCUCCUUGAUGAAGUAUAAAAUUCUCAGGGAGAAGUGCUAAUAUUUAAAACCUUAGCAAAGUAACUCUGAAUGUUUUAGAAACUGCAACAGCCCAGUACCAUAUGCAGGUUACAUAAAAGUAAAACAGCCAUGUCCAUUCCUCUGCCUGUUCUACAAUAACAUCUCCCUGCAAAUAUAUAAAAACAAACAAAAAACCAGGUUUCUGCCCUCUAACAUCUUUUUAAUUCAUUACCUAAAAUUCUGUCUAUAUUGUCUUAUUAUAUGGAGAUAUAUUUUAUUGACAAACUUGUUUCUUGGCCAUGGGAGUUUUGUAAAAGGAUUAUUCUGUAUGUCACCACAGUAAACUCCUUUGUGGUUUGCUUUUCUUUCAUUUGUACAUGAUUAGUAAAUUGUUUCUUUUCCACGUGUGCUAUGUAUCUAAGAUUUGGUGGUUUUAAUUAUAGGUGUUCUCAUAUGAAUAAACAAUUUAGUGACAAUGGACUUAAAAGUUAAAGAUAGUCCUCAGCCCUGAGAAAGAUGGUGGAGGCCUCUGUCAGGAUCCAGGUGUAUCAAGCUAGAUGCAACAGCAAAGGGCAGUUGUCCAAACUGGUCAGUUGGAACAAGAGUGGGCAAGAGCAAGACCAUCAUAGAUACGUGCAUCUGCCCUCUUGCUGCCUUUUCAUUUUUGCAUUUCCUCACCACCUUCCCUGGCCUCUUGCUGGGUGUUCUUCACGCCUUGGGAAGAGAAACAGAAGUGAGGUUCCUGCACCUUGCUAAUUGAGCUGCUCCCAGGUUUGCUGGCAGCUUUGGCCACAUUAUUUGUGAGGUGGCUUUUUUCCUUUGUGUUCAGAGUGACUUCUGGUUCUGAUUAUUGAUGUUUGUGUGGAACGGCACUUUAUCUGUGUUUUAGCAGAACUGUUCCUCUGUAUCCUUUAUGGUUUUUCCUUGUUUUUGUUUCCUUUUUAAAUUAUACAGAUUUUUGUUUUUUUUGAGGAUGUGUGAAAAACAUUAAAGCCUUUAUUAACCUUA